CGAUUAACAUGCACUGCCUGCAAUAUGCGAAUCAUCUACAGGGUUUACGUGAUAUAGAAUGUGUCCUGAAAGACAAUGUUUGUGUUUGUUGCCUGUUUGAAAGCGUUUGUGUAGAGGAGGAGUCAGCGUGUGCCUGGUAGCUCCUUCCUCUGACCUUGGCUACAGAGAGAUGGAGAGAGAAAGAGGACAGAGUGUGUGUGUGUGUGAAGCGGUGGAGCUAAUUCCUGCACUGCAGCUGUGUAUAUGAUACCAGAGUUAAUGUGGCACCAACAGCUCUAGAUCCACUUGGGAACUUGCCAGAGAAAAACGGAGCGAGAGACGAGGAAGGAAAGCAUGUCUGCAGCAUGUGCACACCGCAGAGAAGCAGCACGAUGUCCUGUGUCUGGUGCCUUCUGGAGGUGAGCUGACUCCUGUGCGGGUCAUCGGGGUCGUUUGAGGAGCAAAUAUGUGGGACGGACAGUCAAAAACGUGUCAUGUGCACGCCCUGUUCGAUGCCUUUGUUCAAGCCGCCACAUGCAAGGAGACCCUCAGGGCCUUCCAGGAGCUGUGUGAAGAGCUGAAGCUGCAUCCCGGUGGUCAACCGCAGUUCUACCACACCCUGAGGAGCAGACUGCACUACUGGAAGGCCAAAGCACUAUGGGCCAAACUGGAUAAAAGAGCCAGCCAGAGAGAAUACAUGAGAGGCCAUGCUUGCACCAGCACCACGUGUCUGAUCAUAGGUGCAGGUCCGUGUGGAUUGCGGACAGCUAUAGAGCUGCGAUUUCUGGGCGCCAGGGUGGUUCUGGUGGAAAAGCGAGAUGCUUUCUCACGGAACAAUGUUCUUCACCUUUGGCCAUUCACCAUCCAGGACCUCCGUGGUUUGGGGGCCAAAAAGUUCUACGGGAAGUUCUGUGCUGGAGCCAUAGACCAUAUCAGUAUUCGUCAGUUGCAGCUGAUGCUUCUGAAGGUGGCCUUGUUACUUGGCGUUGAGAUUCAUGUGAAUGUGGAGUUCAAACAUCUAGUGGAACCUCCAGAGGACCAAGAGAAACGUGUUGGUUGGCGAGCAGAAGUCCACCCCAACUCUCAUCCAGUUAGUCAGCUGGAGUUUGAUGUGGUUAUUGGGGCAGAUGGUAGAAGAAACACCUUACCAGGGUUUCACAGGAAGGAGUUUCGGGGGAAACUGGCCAUUGCCAUCACGGCGAAUUUCAUCAAUCGCAACACCACCGCCGAGGCUAAAGUGGAGGAGAUCAGCGGUGUUGCCUUUAUCUUCAACCAGAGGUUUUUCCAGGACCUCCGGCAGGCUACCGGAAUUGAUCUAGAGAAUAUAGUAUAUUACAAAGAUGACACUCAUUACUUUGUAAUGACCGCCAAAAAACAAAGUCUUCUGGAGAAAGGAGUCAUUCUGCGCGAUUAUGCUGACACUGAGAUGCUACUGUCCAGGAAUAACGUGGACCAGAAUGCACUGCUCUUAUACGCCCGUGAAGCAGCUGAUUUCUCCACCAACCAUCAGCUCCCUAUGCUGAACUUUGCCAUCAACCACUAUGGGCAGCCAGAUGUGGCUAUGUUUGACUUUACCUGCAUGUACGCCUCUGAGAACGCAGCGAUGGUCCGUCAGCGCGGGGGACACCCUCUGCUGGUCGCUCUGGUGGGGGAUAGUUUACUAGAGCCGUUCUGGCCAAUGGGAACAGGAAUUGCUCGGGGCUUCCUGGCAGCCAUGGACACGGCCUGGAUGGUUCGCAGCUGGGGUCAGGGCAACACCCCUUCACAGGUUCUGGCUGAGAGAGAGAGUGUGUAUCGGCUGCUUCCUCAGACAACACCAGAAAACGUCAGUAAAAACCACAGCCAGUACAGCAUGGAUCCUGCUAGCCGCUAUCCCAACAUCAAUAUGCAACUCAUCAGCGCUGCUCAGGUGUGUCAUCUCAUAGACACAGGUGAGGGUCCAGUUUUGAGCCUUGAUGCAGUCAGCUCUCCACACCCAAGACUUACACGCCAAGAGUCAGUGGCUCGUUACAGUAAGCUGCUGAGCUGGUGUCAAGAGCAAACACAUGGCUACAUGAACGUGUGUGUGACGGACUUCACAACUUCCUGGAGGAGCGGCCUGGCCCUGUGCGCUCUCAUUCACAGAUUCAGACCUGACCUCAUUGAUUUUGCGUCUCUGGAGGAGAGUGAGGCGGAGCUCAAUGGUCAGUUGGGUUUGGACAUGGCGGAGCAGGAAUUUGGUAUUUGUCCUAUAAUGACCGGAAAGGAGAUGAGCACACUGGAAGAGAGUGACUCUCUUAGCAUGGUCAUGUACCUCAGUCAACUUUAUGAGCUCCUCAAAGACACAGCGCCAGCUGGUGGAAACCUGAGCUCAGAAGAGAAAGCUGUUCUGUUCUCCAGCACCAGGUCACCCAUCUCACUGCUGAGCAAACUGGGACAGAGUCUGUCCCGCAAACGCAAUCCCAAGGAUAAGAAAGAGAAGGAAGCAGAUAGUGUUGGAAAGAGGAGGAGAACAAGCCAGACUGGCCAGUCAGAGGAGGAGGACGUUCCUCAUGAUACCAAAGAAAAUAAGACUUCAGAAGCAACUCCUGGUUCAGAACCAAAGGUCGCUGAGGGUCACAGCAGGGUUCGGUCCAUGGCAACGCUACUGCUGGCUAAAUUUGAGGAGAACUCACUGUCGGCCUCAGCCACUGCAACACGCCGACAGAGCCACAUUCAGAUGUAUACGGGCGGAGUGAGCUCAUUGGCUCAGCAGAUAGCCAAUCAGAUUCAGAGUCAGCAGGAUCAAGCUCCCAAGCUCCUUCACAGGAGGGAGUUGGGUUCUCAAAAGGAGUUUCCUGUGAAUAUGGGCGGCAGCGAUGUGUGUUAUUUCUGUGGCCGUCGCGUUUAUGUCAUGGAAAGGCUGAGCGCGGAGGGAAAGUUCUUCCACAGGAGCUGCUUCCAGUGUGACCACUGCAGCUCCACGUUACGCCUGUCCAACUACACUUACGACCAGCAACAUGGGAAGUUUUACUGUAAGCACCACUUCAGCUUCAGAAUGGCUCAGAGAAAGAGACCGGCCCCACCUGUGGCCCCUCGACCUACUCAGGCUCUCCCUGCUCCAUCUUCGGCUUCCACGUCUUUGUCCUCUCUAGGGUCAGUGGGCACAGUCACCCCACCAGACAGCUGGUCCUCCAUCGCCCACCCAGACAUGGUAUCCAGCCUGGCCAAGAGACUGUGUGGUACCCCAGAACGCAUUGAGCUGGAGAACUACAAACCCUGUCCAAAGCAACAGGACAGCCCACUGCAGGAGGUCCCAGAGGAGACGCUUGCACAGCACAACCUCAGCGCUAGCCUGCAGGAGAAGAACACAGAGGAGCAGUCCAGUAGCUCUGAGUCAGACCUAGAUGAGGAGGAGCUUGCCUGGAAGAAGGAGGAGGGGCCGAACAUCAGGACGAAUGGAGAGAGAGAGUUAGGCCUGGGGAAGGAGCUAAAGGAGGAAGAGGGAGGAGAGAACCAGGAAAAACAAGAGGAGGAGGAGGCUGAGGAUGAGGAAGAGGAAGAAGAAGAAGGAGAAGUUUCAGAAGAAGAACAAGACCAGGGAGAUUCUAGUGAUGAGGGUGAGUACUGCCCUUGGGAGAGGGAACGGCUUUCAGGGGUGUGGCUUGAUGAAGAGGAGGCGGGGUUUGUUAAAGCAGAGUCAUUUGAAGGAUACAGUGAUGACACAGAUAUAGACACCAGCUCCAUAAGAGAGUCCAAACCAUGUGACCAACAGGAACAAGAAGAGUCCAUUUCAUUGCACCAGUCAUCUGCAGAGUCCUCACCCUCUUUGAAACCACCAGAAUCAGGCCCCACUCCCACAUCUGAGCUAUCGACAAACCCCGAGAACCCACCUGUCAAGAGGUUAGAGGUCGUAGAGGAGUUCUGGCUGAAGAGUGCCGAGAUCAGGAAGAGUUUAGGCCUGACUCCGCUGCCUAGAGAAUGCGACCCCAAACAUACAGCAGCCCAAACAUCUAACGUUAAAGAAAGCUUUUACACCUCAGUCGCUUACAUACCGUCCUGCAAUACCAAUUCUGUCUACCAAAUGCCAAGAAACUGUGACUCCAGCACACAAACUCAAUCUCAAAGUACAUCCCCGCCUGAACCAUCUCACACUAUGGACGGCGAUGCAGGCGUUGCUUUAGAAGAGACGAUUGGCCGCUGUUCUGUAAUCCACAGACUAAGCAUCACUGUAGAAGGUUGUGUGAUGGGGGACAAGCAGGAUUUGGACCUAAAUUCCACCUCAUUUGGAAAUGAAAGCAUUUUAAAUCCAGACACAGGUCUUCCGACUCCUCCCUACAGCCCAUCUCACUCCCCUCUCAUCGGCAAGCAGUAUCGCGCCCUUCAUCAUUCUGAACCGAUACUGGACCGAGAGGUUAUGGUCUUCUCAUCGACCUGCGCUACUCCUGUUCCACAGCGGGACGGUUUUAAUCCCGACCUCGAUCAAGCUCGGAGUCUUCCUCCGGAUGAAAUUGAGAUCCUGUGUGGAGAUGAGGCAGAAGAAGCGUCCAGACUUCCGGAAAGAUCCGGUGUCUCGGAACCCGGGGACACGGCCGGCCAGACGGACAACCGUAGGCUGGAGCAAAGGAGGACACUUCCAGACCGGAUGGUCGCCCCACUGCUGGCAGGGGGACCGGAGGUCAGGCUUCGUAGGUCAGCGAUGAAGCUGUGGGGGGCGGACACGGGUGUGGAGGAGAAAGAGAAAAAGCGCAACUCGUUGUUCUCCCCCCGUAAAAGCAGGAAGAGCAUGAACGCAGUGGCUGAGACUCAGCGGGAGCCAGGAAAGCACAAGUCCCUCUGGAAGACUGUAUUUUCGGUGUAUAAGAAGGACAAAAAGAGGAAGGAGUCUGUGAUGGUGGCGGAAACUCUACCUGCCGUAACUAACACCGAGAGCAAGCGGAAAGUGUCGGGAAUCAACAGAACCUCAGACUUGUGUUUCCGAAAGAAUCCUAGUUUCUCUGAAGAUACAGACUUGUCCUGCCAUGCGCUUCUAGAAAGAUGUCCUCUUAGAGCUCAGCUGAGGGAAGAACUGUCUGAUAUCAAGACAGACCUUUUGAAAGAAACAAUAUAUGAGGAGGUGCAUGAAGGGGAUGAGUCGCUUUACGUGCCUCAUACGUUGGCAUUCAAGAGGGCAUAUGCUGUUAAGAAACGCAGUGUUUUGCCAGAGCUGCUGACCAAGGCAGCCACCCCAGUGUCGUCAUGUCCGUCAGAGGUGCUAGGUGUUUGGGUGGUGUUCCCGGACCCUUCCAGCAUAAGUUUCUGUACCACACUGUUUCAGAGAGCAGAAACGGAGGAAGAACUCAACACCAAGCUGACACGCCGAGUGCAGAGAGCAGCACGCAGACAGGCCAAGCAGGAGGAGCUGCGGAGGCUGCACAGGGCGCAGAUAAUCCAGCGUCAGUUGGAGCAGGUGGAGGUCAAGCAGAGGCAGCUGGAGGAGAAGGGUGUAGCUGUGGAGAAAGCACUCAGAGGCGAAGCAGACUUCUGGGGAGACUCUAGUACAUCUAACCUUUUGGACAUACAUCUGGGUGUCGAGCCCUUUCUAGGUUCCCCUCGUAGAAGGCCUGUCUAUCUCUGUCCUUGCUGCUCCUCAGAAGCCAAAGCUAAAGGGACAGAACACGAUCAUUCAGUUUAUGUCUGUACAGUCUUUUUUCUUUAUGUAGUGCAAGAACCUCCACUUCAUCAGCUAAGAAUGGGAAAGAAAGAUGAUCCUAGCUUAAUGCAUCAGUGGUUUAAACUGGUUCAAGAGAAGAAUGCUCUCGUGCGCUAUGAAUCUGAGCUCAUGAUAUUUGCACGUGAACUGGAGCUGGAGGACAGACAGAGCCGAUUGCAGCAAGAGCUGAGAGAGCGCAUGGCGGUGGACGACGAUCUGAAGGGGAAGGAUGAGCUGGCCGAGGAGAGGCGUAUAUUGAGCGAGAUGCUGGAUGUGGUGGAGCAGAGGGAUGCGCUGGUGGCCUUGCUGGAGGAGCAGCGAGUGAGGGAAAAUGAGGAGGACAGUGACCUGGAGGCCGUCAUGCUUUCUAAGGGCUUCAGUCUGCACUGGGACUGAUUUGCACAUGCAUGAAUCUCAUCAUACCGCUUGAAGGGCUACUCUGUGUCUGUUUGUGCAACAAAAAUACGCAGCUGCUGUUUUCAUUGGUCCAAACAGGCCCGUCCACCUGCACUCUGGGCCGUAUGUGCAACUGCAUAGGUGUCUAAAUAAUGAAUCCCAGGACACAGCAAGAGAUUGACCCAGAGGAAAUGAUUCCUCCGAGGUGCAAAAUACAGGCCCUGAUUAAGACACAUAAAUGGCAAUGUCUUGCUGCCAAAUACUACUACUCUAGACUGCUACGCUACUAUGCAACGGAACAUCUUUUUGUUUGCUCUCUUUGUUGAUAAAGUUAAGGUACAUCUGUAGUUUUACCCAGAUCCACCAUGUUUUGACUUAACAGAAAUGAAUAUGGAAUGGCAUAUAUAACCACAUUGUCAACAUACAGUACAGAC